CGUCAAUACUUUACGAGAGCCUGGUUAACUUCUACACAACCAACAUCGUCUGCUCACACAACGAGCAUUGAUUUUGCGCUUCUCUUCGAGCAUCUUCGGAUUCAUCACACUCCCUUGAAUCGAACAAUACAGCGACAAAGAUGUCUCGCGAUUACUUCAAUACCCAAUCGUUGGGUGUGCCCUUGAACAGAAUGGUGAAGGAGGCACGAAUCCUUAUGGUCGGCGCAGGAGGUAUUGGAUGCGAACUACUGAAGAAUCUGGUUCUCGCUGGCUUCGGAGAAGUCCAUAUUGUUGAUCUCGAUACCAUCGAUCUGAGCAAUCUCAAUCGGCAGUUCCUGUUCAGACAUGAGCACAUCAAGAAGUCGAAAGCUUUGGUGGCUAAGGAUGCGGCACACAAGUUCAAUCCCAGAGUGAAGCUCGAGGCGCAUCAUGCGAAUAUUAAAGAUCCUCAAUUUAACGUCGAUUGGUUUAAGGGUUUCACGAUCGUCUUCAACGCUUUGGACAACCUGGACGCCCGGAGACAUGUCAACAAAAUGUGCAUUGCUGCAGACAUUCCCCUGAUAGAGAGCGGCACAACUGGGUUCAACGGGCAGGUUCAAGUUAUCAAGAAGGGCGUUGCAGCCUGUUACGAUUGUACCCCAAAGGAGACUCCCAAGACAUUUCCUGUUUGUACUAUCCGAAGCACACCGAGCCAACCUAUCCAUUGUAUUGUGUGGGGGAAGAGCUAUUUAUUGAGUGAAAUAUUUGGGGCAAGUGAAGAUGAUUCGCCAGAGAUGGACCAUUCAGAGGAUAGCGAGAACGCACAGGAAAUUGAGAAGCUACGCCAAGAAGCCCAGGCCUUGAAGAACAUCCGUGAAGCCAUGGGCACUGAUUCGUUUCCGCAACUUCUCUUCGAUAAAGUCUACAAGGAUGAUGUUGUCCGAUUGCGAUCAAUGGAGGAGAUGUGGAAGACUCGACGACGCCCUGAGCCACUUGACUAUGCAACUGUCAUCGAGAAGGCAUCCGAUGCAGAAGCUAGGAAGGACAAGAUACUUAAAGAUGGCCAAAGAGUAUGGAGCCUAGAAGAGAACGUUGUUGUUUUCAGGGAUAGUCUGAGCCGACUAAGCAGGAGAAUGGCGGAGAUGAAAUCUUCAGGCGAGGUUAGUGCUGAGCCAGUCAUUACCUUCGACAAGGACGACGAGGACACUCUUGACUUUGUUACUGCUGGGGCAAAUCUACGGUCGAUCGUAUUCGGUAUUGAAACCAAAUCUCGCUUUGAUAUCAAGCAAAUGGCUGGCAACAUCAUUCCUGCCAUCGCCACGACCAAUGCUAUCGUAGCUGGCCUCUGUGUUCUACAGUCUUACAAGGUACUUCGAGGACAAUUUGGAAGCACGAAAGAGGUCUUCCUUUCACCCUUCGCCUCUGAGAGACUGCUUGCUUCCGAUCGACUUCGUGCACCAAACCCCGAUUGUCCAGUAUGCAGCCCUGCACAGACUCGAGUUCUUAUUGACAUGUCACGAGCUACUCUCGGUGACCUUGUCGAUGACUUUCUGAAGAUGGAACUUGGAUAUGGCGAAGAGAUUGUUGUAAAUCAUGGAGACAAUCUUCUAUAUGAUUUGGAUGAGACUGAAAAUCUUGCUAAGAAGCUCAGUGAACUUGGCAUCAAGGGAGACAGUUUCCUGACCAUCAUCGACGACAAUGAUGAUGAUCCUAAGGGACCUAGAGUGAAUCUCAUUCUGAAUGUCCAGGAGUCGUAA